ACUGGAGGAAAAAAAGAGGAGGGUAGAGCCAAGAAGUUACAUUUGCCAACAUAUUUACGUAUCGCGGAAGGGGGCAAUAAGGAUUUUGACUCGAAAAAGGAAAGGAAACUUAUUUUGAAUGCACGGAGUAAACUUUGCAUGUGUGUCUACGACCGGGAUUUAUUAUUUGCGCUUCUUUUACGACUUCCACUAGAGUAGUGUAGGGGCAGUUUUUCAGAUUGUUGCGCUAUAGUUUUUGCCCCGCGCAGUUGUGACUUGGCAGUGUGGAUAGCCGGCCAGUUUCAUUCAUUCGUGUUGUGGAAGUUUAUUGAAGUGUCAACCCGUAGCUUAAAGCAAGUGUCGCAUGCUUAGCCCUGACAGAAUUCUGCCCACUGCUGUCAGAUUAGGAACUGUGACAGUCAGUUAGCCUGCUAGCCAUCUAGCUGGCAACGUUGGCAUAUAAGUAGCGGGCAUUUGAAUUCUCGCACACAUCAUUGUCCGAUCAGUUUUUCCUUUCAGCGACCACUGUGCCUCUGCUGUUGUCAAAUGCUAUAUUAUCUUCGACGGGUAGCCUGGUGGAGAAAAAAAAGAAUGCUUUAGUAUUCAUGUGCAAACUGUGCAAGAAGUGUUUGAGCCCCUCCUAGUAAGUUAACCUAAGUAAGACGGUUUGAAUCACGCAAGAUUUAACUGACAACAGUCUUCGAUACACAACUGGGAUACUUUAGACUUAUUGUUUUCAUCUGGAUGCUAUCAUGCCAGUAAGGAAGAAAGAUGCUGAAAGAGCAGUUAAACUCCUGGAGGAGUAUCGGGUGAAACUCAGUCAAACCGAAGACCGUCAACUCAAAAAUUCAAUUGAGAGAGUAAUCAACAUAUUUCAGAGUAACCUGUUCCAGGCCCUCAUAGAUAUUCAGGAAUUUUACGAAGUGACCUUACUGGAAAAUAAGAAAUGCGUGGAGCCUGCCAAACCAGCGGAAGCCUCUCCCCCAGUCAAUCAGUGGGAUUUGUCCAGUGCUCCCAGUGUGACUGUGACCUCAGAAACUCAAGCCAGCAGCCUUACGCCUAGCCCAGAGAAAUACAGAUAUCAAGAUGAGGACCCGACGUCGCCUCAGGAACAAAGUUCUCCUCGCCUGCCCGAGACCCCAGCGCCAGAGCUGGUGCAGGUGUCAGAGAAGAACAUCUCUCAGAUCGAGAAUGUACACGGCUUUGUCUCUCAUUCACACAUCUCCCCCAUGAAGCAGGCAGAUGCCGUUCCUCCCCCAGCUCCCAUAAUCCCUGUCAUCCCUCUCUCGCCCGUCCCAGCAGAGACCACUGUCAUCCCUGCACCCGCGUCACAGGCAAGCCCGGCACCUGUCGUGGUGAACACAGACAGUUUAGACACACCUCCCUAUAUGAGUCCUUAUGUGAAUGGAACAGAAGCUGAUUAUGAAUAUGAAGAAAUUACACUUGAACGGGGGAAUUCAGGCCUGGGUUUUAGUAUUGCAGGUGGUACUGAUAACCCCCACAUAGGAGAUGACCCCAGCAUCUUCAUCACUAAGAUCAUCCCAGGAGGGGCUGCCGCUCAGGAUGGUCGCCUCAGAGUGAAUGACUGUAUCCUGCGUGUGAAUGAGGCAGAUGUGAGGGAUGUAACUCACAGUAAGGCUGUGGAGGCACUGAAGGAGGCAGGCUGCAUCGUCAGACUGUAUAUCAGGAGGAGGAAACCCGUCAGCGAGAAAAUCAUGGAAAUAAAACUCGUCAAAGGUCCCAAAGGUCUGGGUUUCAGUAUAGCAGGUGGCGUCGGAAACCAGCACAUUCCUGGAGACAAUAGCAUUUAUGUCACCAAAAUCAUCGAAGGAGGUGCCGCCCACAAAGACGGGAAACUACAGAUUGGAGACAAGCUCCUGGCUGUGAAUAGUGCUUGUCUGGAGGAGGUAACCCAUGAGGACGCAGUGGCUGCUUUGAAAAACACGUCUGACGUCGUCUAUCUGAAAGUAGCCAAACCCACCAGCGUUUUCAUGAAUGACGGCUACGCCCCACCCGACAUCACCAACUCUUACUCUCAGCACAUGGAGAACCAUAUCAGCCCCCCUGGUUUUCUGGGUCAGCCACUCACCUCCGCUACCCCGCCGCGCUACUCCCCUCUCUCCAAAGGCAUGCUGGGAGAUGACGAGAUCACGAGAGAGCCCAGGAAAGUGGUGUUGCACCGUGGCUCUACUGGGCUGGGGUUUAACAUCGUGGGUGGAGAGGAUGGAGAGGGUAUCUUUAUCUCCUUCAUCCUGGCCGGAGGUCCUGCAGACCUGAGCGGGGAGCUGAGGAAAGGAGACCGCAUCAUCUCUGUGAACGGGGUGGACUUGCGCAACGCGACCCACGAGCAGGCUGCAGCUGUGCUGAAGAACGCCGGGCAGACAGUCACCAUUGUGGCUCAGUACAGACCUGAGGAGUACAGUCGGUUUGAGGCGAAAAUCCAUGACUUGCGGGAGCAGAUGAUGAAUAGUAGUGUCAGUUCAGGCUCUGGCUCUCUGCGCACCAGCCAGAAGAGAACGCUCUACGUCAGGGCUUUGUUUGACUAUGAUAAAACUAAGGACUCUGGCCUGCCCAGUCAGGGGCUGAACUUCAGCUUCGGCGACAUCCUGCACGUGCUCAACGCCUCCGACGAUGAGUGGUGGCAGGCACGACAGGUCACGCCCGACGGAGAGGUGGAGGAAGUGGGCGUCAUCCCCAGCAAGAGGAGGGUGGAAAAGAAAGAACGAGCCAGGUUAAAGACGGUGAAGUUUAACGCCAAGUCUCGAGACAAAGGGCAGUCACUCAAUGACAAGCGUAAAAAGAACCUCUUUUCCCGAAAAUUCCCUUUCUACAAGAACAAGGAUCUCAGCGAGCAGGAAACGAGUGAUGUGGACCAGCAUGUAACGUCUAAUGCCAGCGAUAGUGAGAGUAGUUACCGUGGACAGGAGGAAUAUGUGCUGUCCUACGAACCAGUAAUUCAGCAGGAGGUGAAUUAUACCCGUCCAGUCAUUGUCCUCGGACCCAUGAAGGACCGGAUCAACGAUGAUCUCAUCUCUGAGUUUCCCGACAAGUUUGGAUCCUGCGUGCCCCACACAACCAGACCAAAACGGGACUAUGAGGUGGAUGGCAGGGACUAUCAUUUUGUGCUUUCGAGAGAACAGAUGGAGAAGGACAUUCAGGACCAUAAGUUUAUCGAGGCAGGCCAGUACAACAACCAUCUAUAUGGCACCAGCGUGCAGUCAGUACGAGAGGUCGCAGAAAAGGGUAAACACUGCAUCCUGGACGUGUCAGGCAACGCUAUCAAACGCCUGCAGAUGGCGCAGCUGCACCCCAUCGCGGUGUUUGUCAAACCAAAAUCAGUGGAAAAUAUCCUAGAGAUGAAUAAGAGGCUGACAGAGGAGCAGGGCAGGAAGACUUUUGAUCGCGCCAUGAAGCUGGAACAGGAGUUUACAGAGCACUUCACCUCCAUCGUACAGGGAGACACGUUGGAGGAGAUCUACAACCAGGUUAAGCAGGUCAUCGAGGAGCAGUCUGGCCCCUACAUUUGGGUGCCAGCCAAGGAGAAAUUAUGAAAUAGCAGAAGACAAAGAAACCUUUUUUUCUUUCUUUCUUUCU